AUGGAUGCAGAAGAAGUCAAGUAUGGAGAAGAAGUAAUGGACGGAGAAGAUGUUAUGGAAGGAGAAGAUGCUAUGGAUGGGGAAGAAGUUAAGGAAGGAGAAGAAAUGAAGUUAAGGAAGGAGAAGAAGAAGUUAAGGAUUGAGAAGAAGUUAGGGAAGGAGAAGAAGUUAAGGAUGGGGAAAUAG